GAUUUAUGUAAGAGAUAUUGAAAUGUUUAUCUUUUUCUCAUUCGUUGGAAUAAAUUGCAUAUAAUUUAUCAGUGCAUGCAGUUUCGGUUAGUCAUAAAUGUGUGGAUUUAUGUAUUCUCCGCCGAGUGUUUCAAACAUUUAGUGAAAUGGAGUUAGCAAAAAAAUUAAGUGAUACCAGAAAUCAAGUUUUAUUAGCUUUUGAAUUAACUGAAGAAGACGUCAAUGGAUAUAUGACCGAAUUGAAAAAUUGGUUAAAGACUCAAAAGCAUCUACCCUCAGACUUGUUGAAAGAUGAUCUUCUCGAAAGAUUUCUACUAAAGAACAAAUUUUCUCUUGAAAAAACCAAAACAAAAAUUGAAAAUUAUUGUACAAUUAGGAGCAAGUAUAGGAAAUUCCAACAAAAUUAUGUCGAAAUUAUUCCUUCGAAGGAGCACGCAUUCCCUAUACCAAUGUUCGAAGUAUGUAAUGAUUUGCAGAGAUUAAUAAUAUGUAGAAUUCCUGAUGAGGCAAAAUUCGACUUUCCUAGAAGUAUAAGAUCGGUAUUACUCAUGCUGGAAAUAGAAAGUAGGCUGGAUUAUAGCUGCGGAGACAAGUUCCUUGUAGAUUUAGCAGGAAGCACAGCUAAGUUGAUAACUAAGAUCAACUUUUUACUUUUGAAAGAUACCAUCAACCUAGCAAUUAAGGCCUAUUCAGCUAGGGUUAAAGCUGUGCACUUCAUAAACAGUCCAAAAAUAAUUAAAGUUUUAAUGGCCAUUUUGAAAACCAUUGUUCCUGGAAAAAUAUUUAACAGAAUACAUAUACACCAAAACUUGGAAUCUCUUUACGAAUAUGUGCCGAAAAGUAAUUUGCCUGUGGAGUAUGGAGGGGACUUAAAAUGCUUGAAAGAAUUUCUAGCUGACUAUGAUCGUAUUUUUGAAGAAUGCCAAGAAUUAUUUGAAAUGGCACUCCAUACCACAAGUAAUGAGAAGUUGAGAACCAUCAAUUGUACUCCAGAAGGAACUUUUCGUAAGCUACAGAUAGAUUGAAAUUCUGCAAUAGACAUUUUGUUGUCACCAAACAACAAAAUAAAUAAGAAUGAAAUAAAGUUCACAAAAAAUUUCAUUCA